GAAAAAAGAAAAGACAAAGAGAAAAGAAAAGAAGCCGUUAUAGGUAUUAAUACUAUACUGUAUAACAUUUAAAUUCUCAUAAUAAAUAAAAAAUGGCAGCGCGUUUAAUUAUACAAGUGUUUGAUCGGUAUCAAAAAGCUCGUUUAUCAUUUGUUCAAUCUGUUGCUGAUUUUGCUUCAAAACCAAACAACGUACAAUGUUUAGAAGCUGCUGGAGCUUUGGAUCUGCUAUGUCCCUUGUUGACAGAUCAUGUACCGUCAAUUCAACACAUGGCAGCUGUUGCUUUAGGAAAACUUGCAAAUAAUAGUCACAGACUGGCGCAAGCUAUUAUAAGAAAAGAUAUUUUACCUCAGUUAUUAAAGAACAUCGAUAAACAAAAUAAAUUUUAUAAAAAAGCAGCUUUAUUUGUUGUACGAUCAGUUGCUAAACAUUCUCCUGAAUUAGCAUCUAUAGUAAUUCAAAAUAAUGCAUUGGAAGUUAUUAUACUUUGUUUAGAAGAUUUUGAUUCUGGAGUCAAGGAGGCUGCAGCUUGGACAGUAGGAUAUAUUGCUAGACAUAAUAAGAAUUUAACAGAAGCUGUUGUUGAUGCAGGAGCUGUACCUCUUUUGGUUUUAUGUUUGCAAGAACCAGAAUUAUACCUGAAACAAAUUAGUGCAUCUGCUCUAUUCGAUAUAAGCAAACAUAAUAGUGAUCUUGCAGAAACUGUAGUUGAUGCAGGAGCAAUUCCUUUUCUUGUGAAAGCAUUGUCUAAUCCUGAUAAUAAAUUAAAGCAUCAAGUUCUUUCAGCCUUAAGCAGUAUAGCAAAACACUCUGUACAACUGGCAGAAUCAGUUAUAGAAGCUGAAAUUUUACCUGAUAUUUUAGUACACAUGGCACAUCCUGAUGAAUGUGUUGUUAAUGCUGCAGUAAUGCUAACUAGGGAAAUUUGCAAACAUACAUUAGAAAUGGCUCAACUUAUCGUAAAUAAUGGUGGCAUCGGGGCACUCGUUGAAUUAAUUGCUGCUUCAAAAUUAACGGCCAGAUUAUCAGCAGUAAUGGCGAUUGGAUACAUUGCUGGUCAUUCAGAUCAGUUAGCUGUUGCAGUUAUAGGAUCUCAAGCAAUUGUUCAUUUAUCUACGAUAUUACAUAACGAAGACGAUAAUCAUUUACUUGCUGUUACUACAUGGGCAAUUGGACAAAUUGGGAAACAUACAUCAGAACACGCAAAAGCAGUUGCAAUUGCAAACGUUUUUCCAAAAUUAUUACAGCUUUAUAAUGAUCCAAAUAGUCCAGAGGACCUUAAAGCAAAAUGUAAUACAACAUUAAAACAAGUAUUACAGCGAUGUAUGUACAUAGAAUCUUUGGAGCCUUUAUUAGAGGAUGCACCUCCAAAUAUUUUAAAAUGUAUUCUUGGACAAUUCAGUAAGAUUUUGCCUCACGAUGCAAGAGCAAGAAGACUAUUUGUAACAUCUGGCGGUUUAAAGAAAGUACAAGAAAUUCAGGCUGAACCUGGAUCAAUGCUUUUGGAAUAUAUACAAAUUAUCAACUGUUGUUUUCCAGAAGAAAUUGUCAGAUAUUAUUCUCCUGGAUAUCCGGAUAGUCUUCUGGAAGCGGUUGAGCAAUAUCAACCGAGAUGCGCUUCCCUGUUCGCGUUCGAACAUUUAUCCUCUGAGAGUGACACCAAAUCUUCUUUAUCAUCUCAGGUCGAAGAGGGUUAAAACAUUAUUUAUCUCGAUAUACGUAAAUUCUGAUUAUGUGUAUUAUUUAACGAUAUAUUAAAAUAUAUCACUCAAAAAACGUUUGUGUGUGAUCUAUUUAAAUUAAUUUUUAUGUUUCUUGUAUUUGAAAAAAUUACACACAUAUAUACGUAUAUCUUUAAAAUGCAACAAGAUAUAAAUCACUACUCUGGGCUAAUGACCAUGGCAGUCGAUGCCCAUAACAUUAAUCAUCAUCAUCAUCAAAUCACUACU